AUGGAAGAAGAAAGCCCAGAGGUUUUAGAGAAGCUAGAAGCAGCAUAUACUGAAGCAAUGAAUGAGCUGUCCGAUAUAUCAGGAUGGGAACCUAUUAAAGAUUGGGCUGACCUUUAUACGUUUAGAAAACCGACUGAAUAUGGCCUAGACAAGAUAAAAAUUGAAGCAUAUAUUGAUAGGCCUCCUAAUAAAGUCUGUGAUUAUUUUUAUGAAAAUUUACAAAAAUCGCAUUAUGAGCUAAAUAGAGAAAUUGUUCUGAGGUCUGAAAUGGUUAGAAGUUUUUCGAAUGGGACUGGAAAAGUUAUGUAUGAUUUAAUUCAUGUGCCUUUUCCUGGGAUUUCUGAUAGAGAAGCGGUGAUUUUUUGUAAGAAAUUGCAGUUUGAUGAAAAUACUUGUGGGUUUGUAGAUACUUCUAUUAAUUAUGAUGGGGUAGAAACUGCUGAAAAUGCUGUAAGAUGUGAUGUAAAAUAUGGGCUGCAUAUUUUUGAGCCUUUAAGUGGAAAUAAAGAAAAAACACAUCUUACAACAGUUGGUCUUGCUGAUCCAAAAGGGAGUAUUCCAACUUCAAUGGUAAAUUUGGGAUUAGGGAGGAGAUCAGAUUUUUAUAGAGCUUUCAUAGACAUUCUUUUAAAAAAUAUUUAA